AUGCGGGAAGAAAACGGCGUCCCCGUUCGGACGCUUUCUCUUUGCCUGGCGCUGCUUCUGCUGUGCCAGCAGGUGACGGACAAACUCUCAUCCGUCCAGGUGCGCUGGAGCGUCGAGGCGCCAAGUCCGGAGCAUAAAAGAGUAGCCCGCAUGAGCCCGCUGUGGAGGAUCAUGAACAGCAAACCUUUUGGCGCGUUUUGCCAGAACAACUACGAAUGUUCCACCGGAGUCUGCAGGGCGGGACACUGCGCCACGUACCAACGGCCGCCCACCGAGCCCCUCGACGACUAG